AUGAUUACUUUCCCCAAGACCUGCGGAGUAUUGCUACCACACGCUGUUGAUAACUUGGCAGCGACUAGUCCCUGUGCUCUCUUCUGCGUGCACCCAAAUUCUUCGGAUAUCUCCGAGGGAUGGCAAUGUGUUACUUUCAAAAGUCUUGCCAGGGCUGCUGAUUAUCUGGCUUGGUGGAUUGACAAUAAGAUUGGGCAAAGCAAGAGCCUUGAACCUCUGACUUAUAUCGGUGCAAAUGAUAUCCGCUACGCUAUUUUUAUUCUGGCUUGCUUGAAGACUGGACAUGUGGCAUUCUUCCCAUCUCCAAGGAACCAGGUGGAGGCUACGUUAGGCAUGCUUGAUGAAACAGCUUGCUCCAAGCUGAUUUUCAGCCCCGAACGCCAAAGGGAUGCCACCAGUAUUAAGGAAGGGAAGGCUGAUCUAAAGAUGUGGGAAAUUCCGCCGCUCUGGGAGCUCCUGCAUAGCAAUGCCGAGCCAUUUCUAUUGAGCAAGACUUUUGAGGAUGCCGAGAAUGAGCCAGCAAUCAUUAUCCACAGCUCUGGGUCCACAGGUCAGCUCAUUCAACCCUUGAAAUUUAGAAACACCGGCUCAUUCGAGAUAGGCAACCCAAAUCGCGUAUAUUUGACCAAUGGCUAUAUCUCGGCUCUCAACAACAUUGCGAAAUUAGCCACACCCCUGGGGAGAACUAGCGUGAUGCCUAGCUCAGUGGGAGGCGGAGGUCCAAUUCUCUCCAUGAGUCCGUUCUACCACAUGAUGGGUCUCUACAUGUUUACAGAAUCAAUUUUUCACGCGACUCCGUUUAUUCAGUUCCCGAACAGACCAAUGACUGUCGAUUUAUUCAGCCAAAUUGUCAAGGCUACUCGACCAGCUAGUGCAAUGCUUCCUCCGUCAAUAAUAGAGGAGUUAAGCUCAUCAGAAGAAGGGCUCAAAUCAUUGCAAAGCCUCCAGGCAGUUAUCUUUAGUGGGGCACCGCUCUCGCCGGCAGCUGGCCAUAAAUUGGUGGGCAAAACCCAGCCCUGUUCUUUUCUUGGCUCUAGUGAGGCUGGUGUUAUUCCGGUUCUAGCAGCAGAGAACAAGCAGGACUGGCAGUAUUUUGAAUGGAACCCGUCGUAUGGUGUUCAGAUGCUACCCGUUGCGAAAGAAUUGUACGAGCUCAUUAUCUGUCGGCCCGGAAACAGCAAUCGUGAUCUCCACGGUAUCUUUCACGUCUUCCCUGAUCGUUACACGUAUCCCACCAAUGAUCUCUUCAGCCCUCAUCCUACCAAGCCUAACCUCUGGCGGUUUGAGGGACGGCUUGACGACGUUAUCGUGCUCAGUAACGGCGAGAAGUUCAAUCCAACCUCAAUGGAGAAAACGAUUGAGGGCCACGCAUUGGUUUCAAGAGCAGUUAUUAUCGGCCAAGGAAGGUUUCAGGCCUCGUUGUUUGUCGAGCCCAAAUGGGACCAAAUGGGUGAAACCUCAGAAAAUUCCUUUCUUGAUCAGAUAUGGCCGGUUGUACAGGAGGCUAACCGACUUGCUCCGGGGCAUGGGAAGCUGUUCCGGUCCAAACUCGGCAUGGCCUCCAAGGCCAAACCAUUCAAGACAUCUCCCAAGGGCUCAAUCUCACGUCGACAAGUGGCCUUUGAUUAUGCUCAGGAAAUAGAGGAGAUUUACGCCCGUCCGGACAUGGAGUUCGUUGGAACGCUACCCAGUGAUGCUACUACGCUGGACUUUUCCAAGUAUGUUCGACAGGCUGUCUCAUCUAUCCUUCAUACCGAAGACAUUUCGGAGACCGUCGAUCUCUCUUUGCAGGGACUAGACUCUUUACAGUCUCUGCGUCUGGUAAAGAUUCUGCAGGGUGCACUUCAUUCAUACUACCCCAGUAGUCAUGUUGAAGCAAUUACCAGUCAACGUUUGUAUUUCUGUGCAAAUAUUGCCAAAAUUGCCGAGUUUAUGCAUUCUGUGGCCACUGGUGGCACUGGCGGUAUCGAGUCAGGUCCCGUCCUUGACCAGUCACGUUCAAAGAUAUUUGAAUCUUCCGUCAAGAGAUUCACAUCAAGAUUUCCCACGAAUCCGAUUCGAAUCACGAAAAAGAGAGACGGCACAGGGCAGACGGUGCUAUUGACAGGUUCAACAGGGACUUUGGGCACCUAUCUUUUGAGUAAACUUAUCAGUGAUCCAAAAGUCCGCCGAAUUUUCUGCUUAAACCGGUCCGAGGAUGUGUUGUCCCGACAGUGCCGGAGUUUCGAAGAGAAAGGUAUUUCUAUCACGCCGUCCGCUCUUUCCAAGGUCGAAUUUGUUCAAUUCAAGCUGGGGCCUGAAUUACUUGGUCUGGAUCCGCCAAAAUACAACGAACUCAAGCGAUCCGUCGAUACCAUAUUCCACUGUGCAUGGAAUGUGAACUUCAACAAAAGCCUAGCUGACUUCGAAGGUAUCGAGAUCAUGGGGCUUUCUCAUCUACUAGCCCUGGGUAUAGAAUGUGAAAAUGAAGCCCAUUUCCAUUUCAUCUCAUCCAUUUCGACCGUUGGAAGAUGGGGCACGAAGAAUGAGUACAAGAGUGGGGUACCGGAAGCCAUUGUUGAAGAAGCAUCCAUGGUUCCCUUGCAAGGAUACGCGGAGGCAAAGCACGUUGCUGAGCGAGUCUGUGCGGCAGCGUCCUCACGUUCUGGCCUCCCUGUUACCAUUUACAGAGUCGGGCAGCUUGGAGGUCCUACCACAGAAAAAGGUAUCUGGAAUAAACAAGAAUGGCUGCCGUCCCUGAUUGCAACUUCGAAGACGAUUGGACACAUCCCGCAAAACCUUGGCCAGGUGCCAAUCAAUUGGAUCCCAGUGGAUAUGCUUACAACAAUUGUCCUUGAAAUUGCCGAUUCGUGUCGAGCCUGCGAAAUAGAAACAGGCACUUCACUCUUUAACCUUGUUAACCCGACAGUAGUACCUUGGGAAUCGCUCAUCCCGACAAUUCAAAAGCGAUUCCCCGUGGAAGCGGUUGAUGAUAAUGCCUGGAUCGCGCAUCUCGAUGCCGUUGAAAACCCGUCAGACGCUGACUUUGAGGAUAAGCCAGCGUUAAAGAUCCUCGAUGUCUAUAGACGUCUGUUUGCGACAACCACAUAUCCCAAAUUUGACAUCCGAACAGAGAAAGGACAAAAGGCUAGCGAUUCCAUGCGCAAAAUUGGGCCAGUAGACGGACACCUGAUGGACCUUUGGAUGAACCAAUGGCAGCUUUGA